CGUCCCGCCGCCCUCCCGCCCCGACUCCAUGACUCCCGUGGCGGGACGCUUCCCAGCGCUCCCUCAAUCCCCAGACGACUAAAAUGCUGUACAUCAGCGACCCGAUGCAGCAUUACACCACGUCCCAGUUCAAUUUGCUGAACAACAGCAUGGAUCAGAGCAUCGGCAGCAGAGCAGCCUCCGCCAGCCCCUACAGCUCCGAGCACACCUCCAAUGUCCCAACGCACUCGCCCUACUCCCAGCCCAGCUCUACCUUCGACGCCAUGUCCCCAGCGCCCGUCAUCCCCUCCAACACUGACUACCCUGGUCCCCACCACUUCGAGGUGACCUUCCAGCAGUCCAGCACCGCCAAAUCAGCCACCUGGACAUACUCCCCCCUGCUGAAGAAACUCUACUGUCAGAUCGCGAAAACAUGCCCCAUCCAGAUCAAGGUGUCCACCCCCCCUCCCCCGGGCACCAUCAUCCGGGCCAUGCCCAUCUACAAGAAGGCAGAGCACGUCACCGAGGUGGUGAAACGUUGCCCCAACCACGAGCUCGGGCGCGACUUCAACGAUGGCCAGUCAGCCCCCGCCAGCCACCUCAUCCGGGUGGAAGGCAACAACCUCUCCCAGUACGUGGACGACCCCGUGACGGGGAGGCAGAGCGUGAUGGUGCCCUACGAGCCCCCACAGGUGGGGACGGAGUUCACCACCAUCCUGUACAACUUCAUGUGCAACAGCAGCUGCGUGGGAGGAAUGAACAGGAGGCCCAUCCUCAUCAUCAUCACCCUGGAGACGAGAGAUGGCCAAGUCCUGGGAAGGAGGUCGUUUGAGGGACGGAUCUGUGCCUGCCCCGGCAGGGACCGCAAGGCGGAUGAGGACCAUUACCGAGAGCAGCAAGCCCUGAACGAGAGCGCGGCCAAAAACGGCAACACCAACAAACGCACCUUCAAGCAGAGCCCCCAGGGCAUCCCGGCACUGGGGACUGGUGUCAAGAAACGGAGGCACGGGGAGGAGGAGAUGUACUACGUGCCAGUGCGAGGCCGGGAGAACUUCGAGAUCCUGAUGAAGAUAAAGGAGAGCCUGGAGCUGGUGGAGCUGGUCCCGCAGCAGCUGGUGGAUUCCUACAGGCAGCAGCAGCAGCAGCUCCUGCAGCGACACAGGACCCAGCUGCAGACCCCGUCCUCCUACGGGCCCGUCCUUUCACCCAUGAAUAAGGUCCACGGUGGGGGAAUCAACAAGCUGCCCUCCGUCAACCAGCUGGUGGGGCAGCCCCCCCAGCACAGCUCCGGCCCCACACCCGGCCUGGGGGCCAUGGGACCCGGGAUGCUGAACAGCCACCCCAUGCAACCCAACGGAGAGAUGAACGGGGGCCACUCCUCCCAGUCCAUGGUCUCCGGGUCACACUGCACCCCCCCGCCGCCCUACAACCCCGACCCCAGCCUCGUCAGUUUUUUAACAGGAUUGGGGUGUCCAAACUGCAUCGACUAUUUCACCUCCCAAGGGUUACAGAAUAUUUACCACCUGCAGAACCUAUCCAUAGAGGAUCUCGGAGCACUGAAGAUCCCGGAGCAGUACCGUAUGAUCAUCUGGAGGGGUCUGCAGGAGCUGAAGCAGAGCCACGACUACGGGGGGCAGCAGCUCCUACGCUCCAGCAGCAACGCCUCCACCAUCUCCAUCGGCAGCUCGGGGGAGCUGCAGCGGCAGCGGGUGAUGGAGGCCGUCCACUUCCGCGUGCGCCACACCAUCACCAUCCCCAACCGCGGCGCCCCCGACGACUGGGCGGACUUUGGCUUCGACCUCCCGGACUGCAAAUCCCGCAAACAGUCCAUCAAGGAGGAGUUCACGGAGGGGGAGAUCAACUGAGAGCUCCUGGAGGCGGGGGGGUCUCCAGGCGGCGGCAGCAGCAGCAGCAGCGAGGGACGCGGAGGUUGAGGGGGUGGAGAUGAAACCCACCCACUCCCCCACCACCAUGAAAAAUAUUUUCAGGCUUGGGGGUGGCUGGAAAAGUGUAAUUUUGUUGUCUGGAGGGGAGUUGUGAGAGUGAGAGGAAGCUGAGCCACAUCAAGGAGGACAUGGUGGUGGCUUCAGUGGAGCUGAGGGGACAGAGGGCGGCCAUGACGGGGGGGGGACCCGCUGGAGCUUCACGUUGGCUUGGGUUUUCACUGAUGGACAAUCCCCACAGCCAAAGGACACGAUGUAAAGACGUUUUCCUCUCAGCAAGACCAGCCUUUGUCACUGCUUCUGUGCUCUCCGUGGUGUCCAGACCCCAUGAGGCUCCGUCGCUCCCCAGGACUCGGCCCGUCCCGGCUCCGCAGAGACAGGGCCGGGGGCUGCCACACACCCCCCUCCCCAGGGACUGCCAAAAAAAACACCCCCUUCCUUCUUCGUAGAGCAGAACAGAACCCCUUUGUCAGUCCCCGACGCGUCCACGUACUUAAAUAUUUGUGUAUAUAAACAGAAGCAAAUGUACAUACAGUGUACUCAUCGUGCUGUAAGGAGAAAAAAAAAGAAAAAAAAAGAUUUAUUUUCAUGUAAACUAUAAAAAUUGAUACUUACUCCUGAGACACCAGAGUGUCAAGUAAAUUAAUUUCAUGUUCUAGCAUGUAAACAUGCAGAAAAUCGUGUCUCCAGCCUUAUCUAUUCAAAAUUCCAUUAUUUUUUUUCCUCCUGGGAAUACCUUUCCUGCAGUUGGGGAGCCUGUGAAUCCUCCCGGGAAGGCAGAGGUGGGGAUGAGGGGGCACAGACAGGCCGGGCUGGUCAGCAGGAGCAGGGGAGGUGACAAUCUGAUGCCACCUUGGAGCCAGGAGGUGGACACGGGGAGCUCCAUCUCCCCCCGUGAGCUCUCUCUGGUUGUGUUUGCUGUUUCUGGUCAUUCUGGUGUGAUUUCUCUGUUGAUUCAGGCUGGAAAAAAACCCCUCUGUAGAAAGGAAGGGCAGAGGCAGGUGUGUUCCCUCCCUCCCCUGCUCCUGACUCCACACCUGGGGAGGUGACAUCCCACAAUAUGUCCCCCCAAAGGUCUGUCAGGGAGAGGGGCAGGAGCUGCUCCUUCUGCCCCCUCAGCCCAGGGUGGCUCCAGAUCCCAGGCAGCCUGAGGGAAUCCAUGGAGGAACAACCUCCCCAGAACCUCCUGCAUCUCCUCCCGGCACUGCCCCUGCCAUGGAGACCUCCAGAGGACAGGGCUUCAGCUAUUGCAGCCUGGAGAAAAGAGGGGUGAGGGGAGACCCCACCGCUCUCUACAGCCCCCUGGAAGGAGGGUGUAGCCAGGGGGGGUCGGUUUCUUUUCCCAAGGAACAGGCGAUGGGACAAGAGGAAAUGGCCUCAAGUUGUGCCAGGGGAGGUUUAGGAUGGAU